AUGUCGGCCCUGGGGCAGUCGGGAUCCGGCGCCCAUCCUGGCUUGACAUUCCCCCAGGUUGGCCUCCGACGCUCUGCUGCCUUUCAACCAUCCCAUGCUCCUCCUCAGAAUAAGGCCUCUCCCGUGCCUCACGCCGCUUCUCCCUACCAGCAGCAAGCCUACGCUCCCCAGCAGCCUCCGCAGGCUACGUACAGUCACCAUCUCUUCAACCAGGCCGCCGUCAACGGCAAUGUUGGCAACGCCCAGACUCGAGGCCCUCAGAGCCAUGUGCCCGGUGCCGUCGUCCAGGCGAGGCAACGGGCGGCUCCUCCGCGACAACAAACGCCAUCGAUGAUAGUCAUCCCGCACAUCAGACCCAUCAGCCUCAUCAGACUCACCAGUCUCUCCAGCACCACACUCAAACACAUCAGAGUCACCCUUCCCACCAGACUCAGCAGACUCAUCAAACGCACCAAACGCAGCAGCACCAGGCGGCUGCUCACCAAGCCCAUCAGGCGGCACACCAAGGACACCUGGCGCAUCAAGCUGCUGCUCAUCAAGUUCAUCAGGCGGCCCACCACGCCCAUCAAGCACAUCAAGCCCACCAGGCAGUUCAGCAGGCAGCGGCAGCGCAGCAAGCAGCAGCGGCAGCCCAUCAAGUACAUCAGGCCCACCAAGCCCACCAAGCUCAUCAAGCCCAUCAGGUCCACCAGGCGCGCUAAGCCGGUGGCCAAGUCACAGCCACCGGAAUCUCCCGCGCAGCCUCAGGAACAGCAUGUUCCCGAAGCGAUGGAAACGGAAACCCAUGCCGAGAAUGGUGAGGAUGAGAAUGCUGCUGAUGCCAAGCUCGGGGACAACUCUCCGUUUGUUCCCCGCCAGCCUAUGGGAGAGAUGAUGUCUCCACCACCCGAGGGCGGAAGUUACCCCACCUUGGAAGCAGUUCACAAGAGUGUGUUACAAUACUGCACAUCUGUCGGCUAUGCUAUUGUUAUCGGUCGGUCAAAGAAGACUGUCCCUGGCCUGAAAAAGGUUCUGUUUGUGUGUGACCGUGCGGGCAAGCCGCCUAGUCGCGUCAGUCCCGAGGCCCGCAAGCGCAAGACGUCCUCUCGCAAAUGCGACUGUCCCUUCGGCUUCUUUGCUAUCGAGCAGCGAACCCAAUGGACCAUUCGGUACCGCCCUGACCCCCAACAUCUCAGACAUAACCACGGCCCGAGUGACAGUCCACUCCAGCAUCCGGCAGCGCGAAAACUCGAUAGUAAGAUGGUGGCAGCGGUGAAGUCGCUGAAAGAAAACGGUGUCGGCGUUAGCCAGACGCUCGAAAUCCUGCAAACCGAAAACCCCCACGUCCCCCUCCUCCCGAGAGAUAUAUACAACGCCCGAGCGGCUAUCAACAGAAACCCGCAAAAGGUUGCUACCGGCCUGGCUGAGAAUCGUCCGGCCAUAUAUAGCAAACCACAUCCAACCGCCGAGGAACGUAUACGAGCCGAUUUACGACGAGAACUGGCCAAGACGCGAGAAGAGCUCGAGAAACUUAAGGAGGAGAAAGAUAAAGAGGUAGAGGCUCUGAAGGCUACCAUUGCUGAGAAAGACAAGGUGAUCGAAAAGUUUGAAAUGUUUAUCGAUAUAUGCAACCAAAGGGUCAUGGUACAGCGAGAGAGACUGGCUGAGGACGGCGGUGCUAGGGGUGCUGGCGCCAAGUGA